CAUUUUUCUCCUUUCCCCUCUUUUUCAUAUUUAUCUUUGCAUGUUUCUCUUGAUCUUUGUGUUUCGAUAUCAAACUUUCCACUUAGUUCUGGUCUUUUCCUUAAAAAUAUUUGGAAAUCUAUUUUGUUGAAUGCUCAUACUUUCCCAUGGAAGUAUAUAGUCAGCUUUGAUGGAUAGGUGAUUUGUUGGUUGAAGAUCCAGUUUUCUUGCCUUUCUGAAUAUCCUGUUCCAGGCCUUGUGGUCCUUUAGUGUGGAAGCUGCCAGGUCUUGUGUGAUCCUGAUUUGUGCUCCUUGGUAUCUGAAUUUCCUCUUUUUGGCUUCUUGUAGAAUUUUCUCCUUAGCUUGAAAGCUCUGGCAUUUCUGGGAGUUGUUUUUUUUGGGGGGGGGUUUAGUGUAGAGGGUGUUCUAUGGACUCUUUCAAUGUGUAUUAUGCCCCCUUGUUCAAGAACUUCAGGGCAAUUUUCUUGGAUGAUCUCUUGUAAUAUGGUGUCAAUGUUUCUGUUUAUUUCUGGCUUUUCAGGUAGACCAAUGAUUCUCAAAUUGUCUCUCCUUCUUCUGUUUUCCUGAUCUGUCACCUUAUCAGUGAGAUAUUUUAUGUUUUCUUCUGUUUUGUUAGUCUUUUGACUUUGCUUUAUUAAUUCUUGGUGUUUUGCAAGACCAUUGGUUUUCAGCUGCUCAAUUCUGGUCCUUAAGGCCUGGUUUUCAGUCAUAAUCUUUUGGUUUUCUGCUUUAACCUUUUGGUAUUCAGUUAUGACUUCUUUAUUUAUUUUUGAACCAUUUCCCACUUCUGUAACCAGAAGGCUUCCAUCUCUUUGAUAAGUUCUGUGAAUGUUAAAAACUGUAAAUGCCAAAGCCUGUAAUGGUUUUGGCCAAGCUGUAAAGAUAAUUUUAGUGUUUUGACUUAAAAUCUAAAGAGAGAGAGAGACAGAGAGAGACAGACAGACAGACAGAAACAGACAGAGAGAGAAAAUGAGAGAGAAAAUAGCCAAGCAGCAGAAAAGGGUCUAGGCCAAAAUGGCCUAAUCCUGAGCCUAAGGGAGAGCGAGUCAGUCUUUAUCACGCACCACAAGAUUAUCUCCAAGCUGGUUUCUUUCACUCUGAACUGAAUUCCUCUCCAAACUGAAUUCAUUUGCGAACUCAAUUCAAAACUUAAACUCUAAACUCCAAUUCUGAACUCCAACCACUAAAUUACCUUUUACCCCUUCCUUUUAAAGAAAUUUUCUCUUAUGUCACCUCCCCUAAAUUUUCAUGUCUACCAAUCACAGUAGAUCCUUUUUCCCAGGACUGCCCAUUCUUAGUUCUCAUCCUCUUUUGUUCUCACCUUCUAUGGUUAGAUUAAAUCCUCUGAGUACUUUACUCCGCUUGUUAACCUUGCCUUUUGUAAGUUGCUUGACCUUUUAGGUACUGUAAAAAUGGAGACUUGAACCCCAGACUCCAAUCCCCAGAAGUCCUUGCUCUGGUUCCCAGGAUGCUUUGUAACCUCACCUGAAUUCAAGAUCACAAAUUAUUUAAAGGAGCUCUCCACCUACUGAGCUCUCUCUUCCUGUUUCCGCUUCUAAGCAGACGCGUCUCUCAUGAUGUAGGUGAGGUUGAAUGGGCCUCUCGGCCCACCUAGGCAUGUGCUUUCUUACUUGUAUUUUUCUUAAAAUCUUAAUCCUUAAUAAAUCUCAUAAAAUAUAAUACUCCUUGACAGAGAAACUAAUUUUUACUUGUCACUUCUAGAGUAAAACUAAUUUCUACCUGCUGCACUUUGGCUUAAAUUUUAAUCUUAAAAGCCCUAAUUUAACCCUUAUAGGUACUUAGCAACCUUUUGUAUUAGAUCUAAAAAUAGACCACCUAGCUUAAAGUUUUGGCUUUACUAUAAGUAUGAGUUAGGGACUUUUCAUUGUUGAAUCAGGAGUUUGCAAACUUUAUCUUCCCCUAAGGCACUGUCUGAGUAGGGUGGAGUAAUUUUAAAGUUCUCAAUACAUUCCUGAUCAAGUAUCUCCAUUGUUACAAUAGGGGAAUAGCUUAACCAAAUCUUCUAAGAUGCAGUCUGAGUAAAUUUUAAGAUUCACAGCUCCAAUUGAAAUUCUUCCAGGGCUUGUGGAUAAUUUACGUUAUUUUUUAGAAGGUUUUGUCUUUGUUUGAAUUUCAUCCAGUAUUUCCUCUGAAGCCUGAGUUUUUCCUCUGUAAAAAUUCUUGAGGGUUACUGUCUUUUUUUUUUAAAGGAUUUUGAGGCUCCUGUGCACAAUUAGCCAUUUUCAUGGAUGUUUUUCUUUCCUUCUUUAGUCAGAAAUCGGUGUGAACUGAGCAGGUUCUCUGUGUAUGGAGUUAAGGAGCAAGAAUUUUGCCUGAGUCAUGCUCUUGAAUCUUCGCUGUCUUUUGCAGCUCUUUUCUAUGCUACCUUCCCAGGGGUGUUCAAGGUCUGCACUCCCUUGUGCGCUGGGAUUUCCUGCCUAGCUGCUUUCAGGGAGACAAGGCCGGGAAAAGAUGGAGGAGCUUCACCAAAUAGACUCACUGGGGCUACUUUGCUGCCUCUACAAGGAACCUGGAGCCUCAGGGAUGACCUUUGAGAGGGACACACUCCCAGCCCAGGAGGUGGUGACAUUCAAGGAUGUGGCUGUGGAGUUCACACGGGAGGAGUGGUGCCUCUUGUCCCCUCCCCAGAAGGAGCUAUACAAGGAGGUGAUGCUGGAGAAUGUCCAGAAUUUGCACUCUGUGGGGCUUCCAGCUCCCCCAGAAGACAUGAUCUAUUAUGUGGAGCAGAGGGAUUCCUCUUGGAUGCUGGAGCAAGAAGGCCUGAGGAGCUGCUGCCCAGGAAAGAUUAGACGUGAAAAGAAGGUGAAUCCAACAGAGAUGAGCCUUCCUGUGGAAGAAAUGGACCUACAAAGAUUCAUGAGUGAUGGUCCUGAUAACUUUUCUUUCAAAGAAUUCUGUGUUCCAUCUCCAAAUUUAUCUCAUAUCGAACAUCAAAGAAUGCACACCGAGGAAAAAUCUAGUGAAAGUAAUCAGAGGGGAAAGACUUUUUUGUACAGGUCCAAUCUUACUGGACAUCGGAGCAUCCACACUGGGGAGAAACUUCAUGAAUUCAUGCCAUGUGGAGAGACAUUCAGUAAGACUUCUAGUCUUGCUGGACAUCAGAGAAUGCACCCUGAUGAGAAACCUUAUGAAUGCAAGCAAUGUGGAAAGACAUUCAGUCAGAGAGACAGUCUUUCUGUACAUCAGAGAAUCCACACUGGUGAGAAACGUUAUGAAUGCAUGCAGUGUGGAAAGACAUUCACUCGUAGUUCCCAUCUUGCUGUACAUCAAAGAAUCCACAGUGGAGAGAAACCUUAUGAAUGCAUGCAGUGUGGAAAGACAUUCAGUUGGAGUGACAGGCUUGCUGUACAUCAGAGAAUCCACACUGGGGAGAAACCUUAUGAAUGCAAGCAGUGUGGAAAGAAAUUCAAUCGGAAAGGCCAACUUGCUGUACAUCAGAGAAUGCACACUGGGGAAAAACCUUAUGAAUGUAAGAAGUGUGGAAAGACAUUCAGUCAGAGCUCCCAUCUUGCUGUACAUCAGAGAAUGCACACUGGAGAGAAACCUUAUCAAUGCAACAAGUGUGGAAAGACAUUCAGUCAGACUUCUAGUCUUGCUGGACAUCAGAGAAUGCACACUGGGGAGAAACCUUAUCAAUGCAACAAGUGUGGAAAGACAUUCAGUCAGAGAGACAAUCUUUCCGUACAUCAGAGAAUCCACACUGGAGAGAAACCUUAUGAAUGCAAGCAGUGUGGAAAGACAUUCACUUGUAGUUCCCAGCUUCCUGUACAUCAGAGAAUCCACACUGGGGAGAAACCUUAUGAAUGCAAGCAGUGUGGAAAGACAUUCAGUCAGAGAGACAAUCUUUCUGUACAUCAGAGAAUCCACACUGGAGAGAAGCCUUAUGAAUGCAAGCAAUGUGGAAAGACAUUCAGUCGGAGUGACAUGCUUGCUGUACAUCAGAGAAUGCACACUGGGGAGAAACCUUAUGAAUGCAUGCAAUGUGGAAAGACAUUCGCUCGUAAUUCCCAUCUUGCUGUACAUCAGAGAAUGCACACUGGGGAGAAACCUUAUGAAUGCAAGCAGUGUGGAAAGACAUUCACUUGUAGUUCUUAUCUUGCUUUACAUGAGAGAAUCCACACUGGGGAGAAACCUUAUGAAUGCAUGCAGUGUGGAAAGACAUUUGCUCGUAAUUCCCAUCUUGCUGUACAUCAGAUAAUGCAUGCUGGGGAGAAACCUUAUGAAUGCAAGCAGUGUGGAAAGACAUUCACUUGUAGUUCCUAUCUUGUUUUACAUGAGAGAAUCCACACUGGGGAGAAACCUUAUGAAUGCAUGCAGUGUGGAAAGACAUUCAGUCGGAGAGGCAAUCUUGCUGUACAUCAGAGAAUCCACACUGGAGAGAAACCUUAUGAAUGCAUGCAAUGUGGAAAGACAUUUGCUCGUAGUUCCCAUCUUGCUGUACACCAGAGAAUCCACACUGGUGAGAAGCCUUAUGAAUGCAAGGAGUGUGGAAAGAAAUUCAGUCAUACAUCUAGUCUUUCUGUACAUCAGAGAAUGCACACUGGGGAGAAACCUUGAGAAUACAAGCUUCGUGGAAAGAUAUAUACAUGUAGCUCUAGUCUUGCUAUUUUUUGAAGGGAAUUUAAACUUCCCCCUCUAUGGGGAAACAUACCUGGCAUGAGCCUGGACUUGACUCAGGGGCAAGAAUAAACUAGAAACCUUCUUAAUAUGAACAAGACUGAAUCAAAGAUGCCCAUCACCACCACUCUUUUCAGUUUCUUACGAAAAUUGCUAGCUAGAGUAAUGAGAGGAGAAAUGAAAGAAUGAGAAUAGGCAAUGAGGACCAAAAACUAUUACUUUUUCCAGGUGGUAUUUAAUAUACAUAGAGAAUGAGCCAAAACGUUAUAAAAACAAUUAGGAACUUGAACAAAGAUGCAGGAUAAUAAAAAGAAACCACAGAAUUCCUCUGUACUACCAAUCAAUCAGGGGGUAUAUGGAAAUAGAAACUCCAUUGAAAAUUACUGUAGACAAUAUGAAAACCACCUGGGAGUCCAUUGCCAAGAUAAACAGAACUAUUGGUAUGCUAUACUAGAAUUCUCUAAAGAAUAUUGGUUAAGGUUAGAGGGAGAGAAAAAAAUAUCACACGACCACCUGGCUGGGUCUUAUUUAAUAUUGAUUCCACGCUUCCCAGGCUCAUGUUCAAAAGCAGCUACAUUUGGCUCCAGCAGCUGAGCACAUCAGAAGCCAGUGUGAGCUGAUCAUUUAAUGCUCCAGAGAAGGGAGAGGGAGCAGUUGGACAAAAGAAGCCCAGGAUUUGAAAUAAGCCCAUGACAUUUCCCAGCCCGAUCAUAUUUGAUAAACUACAUAAUCCUGUAAGAGGGAGAUGAUAAAAACAAGGUUUUGUGGGGCUCAGAUGGGGUCAUACAAAUGCAGUGAUUUCCAAAUCCAGAUCCUUCUCCAGGGAUGUCUAUGCUCUGGCAGUGUCAGGGUAAUAUAGCUUGGGAAUUCUAGUUUAGAAAUGUACCUGACUAGGAGUCAGGAGCUGUGGGAGAAUGGGAAAUUUUUGAUUAAUAGCUUAAAGUAUUAUUAACUAAAAACUGCUAUUUUAACUAUUAAAAAGAGCCAUUGUGUGACUGGGCAUUCUCUUAAGAGUUCUUGUUUCUACAUGCCUUGUAACAAUUUAAAAUACUAAUAUUUCUACUCAUAUAUAUAUAUAUAUAUAUAUGUAUACAUGUAUACAUAUAUAUAUUAUAAAGUUUAUUGGAAGGGUAGACAACUAUUCCUCUAAGUAACCUGACCACAUAGUGCCUAGCCUGCCAGUCUCUUCCUCAUUCCCCCUCACCUGCUUGCUCUGUCUUCUCAUGGUUCUCCCGAUUCCUCCUCGUUGGUCUCCCCUGAUUCUUCCCCAAACCGUAACUUUUAUUAACAUACAGAAUGUACACUGACAAAUCUGGUGCAACUGUGGUAUGUCAGGAAUGUUUGAUAGAUAUGUAAAGUUACUCAGGAAGUGGAGGGGAUAAGCUUCCUUGGCACAAAUCUCCCUGUGAUCUUUUGGGAGACCUGUCUCCCCAAUGGAUCAUUUAAAUAAAACUAUCUUAUAACUAAAUAUCUUCUAGCUAAAAGUACAUAUAAGAUUACAUUUUUCUAAGAGGGAGUUACAAUAGUUAGAGAUGGGACUAAAAUACAAAAUAAAAAAAACUGAUUGAUAGAUGCAUUGAUAAAAUGCCAACUAGGGGGAAGUCCCAUUUGGCAUAAGAGUUUACAUUCAGACUAAGUAUGUUAAAUCCCCUUCAAUUCAGUUCAUUGUAUCCCAAAGUUCAUUCCGGAUCUCUUGAUGCAGUGUGUAGCUUCAUCAGAUAUCUUCAUGGCACUUUAUCCAAAAGGAUCCAAUUUUUUGAUUUUGGCGUGUUGGCAAGUUUCUUUUAUUGAAAUUUCUUCAAAAAUUUUUAAAUCUUGAAUUUUAGGAUAAUUACACAAUCCCUCCUGAGGUGAGUGUUGACCAAUACCAGAAUCACACUGGAUUACAUGAAUGAGUUAUGAGGUAUAUGAAACAAUUGAUAAAAAUAAAAACAAACUGCCCAAGAAAGUACAGAAAUGAUUAAAAAAAAUUAAAAUCUUACGUGUAUAAAAGUUCUAAGUAAAAAAGUAAAAAUAGCCUGUAACAGAUCCUUGAAUCAUAGCAAGGCCCAAUUAAAGUGACUUAUGUCCCACAAGCAUGUAGGACAAUAGCAGCAUUAUAGCACUCUACCUAUUGUGAAUUUCAAAACUACUCAACCCUGUUCAAACCAUUCUUUAGAGGAUGGGAUUUGGCUAUUUCCUGAUCAAUAACAAUGGAGAUACUUGGAAUGACAGAAUCAGGUCUUGGAAACUACAAUCUCCACCCUACUCAGGGUAACAGGAUUUAGGAAGGGCUGCAGCAAAGCUCAAGAUUUAAUUAUUUGAGAAUAUGACCUUCAACAGACAUGUGCAAACAAACCUCUGGGUGGUCCUGGGUUAAGAUAGAGCCACCAUUGGCACAGAGGAGACACAGGAAGUGAGGUAGAGGACAGCUGAGGAGUCUGGGGACUUCCUGUGUGGAAGAAAGGAGGUUGUUGGAGCCUGGGUGCUUGGAGUGGAGGCCCUGAGACUGUUUCUCCAUUUUGGUCACGUGAGUGAUAGGGACUGAUCUCUUUUCCUUGCCUCGGUGAUCCAAGGCCUUGGGCCUUUGGCCCAGCUUAAGCAGAGGGGGUAUUUAAGCCCUAUUCCCUUCUCUCCCCUUUCUCUCCCCCCCCUCUCCCUCUCCCUCUAAUACCUUUCUUCCUCCUGUUAGUAAUUAAAAACUCCAUAAAAGGUUGACUGCUGACUUGAGUUUUCAUUUAGGAAUUACAUAGCUAAAUUCCUUGGCGACCUUAAAUUAAUAUAUAUGUCUUUUAAUGUGAUUUCCAUGUCACACUAUUUGCAGGCAGGACUACAGAAAACUGCCAAACUAUAAGAUAGAAAGGAUUAAGUUUCAGUAGCAAAUGGGAAAAAUCAUUCCCUGGUCUGAUUGUACUGCCACUUCAGAGAUAGGGGAAGGCAGGAUCAUAGCCAACCUGAGGUACUUGUCUCAAAGUAUGAUUCAAGUAAGUUCUGCAUCUUAAUGUAUGUCAAGUGCUGCAACCUCGAUUCUCACACUAGGUUCAAGUCCUUUUGUAUUGGCAUAGAAGUUCAAUGCUCCUUGGAUUGGAUUUGGUCUAUUCUGAACUUGUGCUACUUGGCACUGUAUGUUGGCUCUUUUGUUCCCUUCUCCUGGAAUCAGACAUAAACAUUAAACAAAGUCCCAUAACAUUUAUCAAUAAAUGGCAGGUUUCCAUAGUCGAAAGCCUUUGGGGUAUACAUAUUACUAGGGCUAAUAGAUGCUGUAAACUUUAUCCUUCAAGUAAAAAACAAAACAAAACAUUAAUUACUGAUUUAAUGUACUUCAUGUAUCACUAAAUUAGGGGGGAAAGAAAGAAAAAUAAAAUCCUAUUCCAAACAUAGAGAAAAAAAAUUUUUUUAAGUCAUAAUUUCACGGUUCACAUUGCAUGUGAUAAUGUGUUAGCCAAGCAAAGGCACAAUACAAAAGAUGCUCACUCAAAAAUGAAAUGUAUUUCACACUUGGCCAGGAUCCACAGUGUGAGUGUACAUAAUUUUUCACUAGAUAAGAACCUUUUAAAAACAGUAGUUCAGCAAUUAAUGCAGAUCCUAAAAAGUACCCAAAUGCCUAAAAGUAUAAGAGCUCAUUUAAGGAUAAUAGCAAACAAACCAACUAUCAUUAGGAUUCACAUGACUUGGUGUGUGACAUUUUAAAAACCUUUUGAAAUCAUGAAUACUUGUCACAAAUUCUACAGAUUUUAGCCAAUCUUUCAACUUUGGCAAAGAUAUUUUUUAAAAAGUCUAUUAUCAUUAUCAUUCCAAAAUUUGGUGGGAGAGAAACCAGAAAAACCUCUGUACAGUUGAUGAAGAAUCACGAGUAUCCAUUUCAAAGCUACAAGGCUUCACAGGAAAAAUCAUUCCUACCUCCCGGAUGAGUUUAUAACACAUCACAGGUUAACUAAACCACUUGGGCACCUCCCUCCCUCUUGGUAUGAGACUAUAACAGUGUAACAGAACUGUCUCCAAUAUGUCCGAACCAUUUUUAUGUGGAGCUGAGGACUAAAAAGUGAAAAUCACUGCAGAUAUGUCAUCCAUUACAUUUACAAUAAUUGCAGGGAUCGGAAAAUACAACAAUGUCAUUGCACUUUACUUCAGCUACAAAUAGACCUGUACCUCUUGUUGCAAAUAACUCAAGAGGAAGGAAAAUAAGUGAUCAGUCAGUGGUAGGGAUGCUCCAAGAUAUCUAAAAAUCACUUCUGAAUACUCAUUAAAAUAAAUUUAUAUUAUUAGAUAAUUAAAUUCUCCAACAUGUGUAUACAGCUUGAAACCAAUUCGAUGGAGUCCAUCCAUCAGCUAUGUGUGACAAUAAAGGCAAAAAAGGAACAAAAUGCUGUUUAUGGGCUUUUACAAUGAUAUUCUUCAAUACAAUCAUAUUCAUAGGGGAGUUACAAAUUAAGACAAUUUAACAGACAAUUUCAAUGUUGAUAACUCAUAAAUUGGUUAACAUUAAAUUACAUAUAUCUUGUAUUUAGAAUCCUGCUUCAUAGACUUCUUCAUUCCAGGGAGGAGAUGAAACUGCACUGUAGUAGAGGCGAAGCCUCCUCUUCCCCCUGCUUGGGCUGCAGUAGUCAAGGUUGUGGGUUGAACUUUGAACGACCUGCCCAGCUGUGUGUCCAAGGUUGGAAUAGUCAGUACAAAGGAGGUAUGAUAACAACUGUGAGAAACUUGUUUUUCUGUCCUUUUUUGGAGUCCUCUUUGUUCCUCCUGUUGCCUGGCAGGUAACGUCAUGAAUUCCUAUGCAUUUGCCCAUUUAUGGUUCAUGCUGGUGCUGGGCUAUAACGUCAUACAUUCCUGUGGUUUCUACCUUUAUAUACUUUGUAUGAAUCCAAUAAACUUUGUCAUUAUGCAUUUCACAUAA